GCGUCUCGCAAUCCCCCCUAGCCCAUUUUUACAAUUUACCAUCCGCAGGGAAGGUUUUGUUCCCUACGACUAACAUGGGUUCACCAGGAGGUGAGGAUGCGUUGAUAGACUGGCCGUCCGUCCUACAACAAUACGCGGUAAGCGCACAACAAUACAUAUGUGCCACCGAUAUGGCUCCCGGAUUUGAUGCAUUCCACCCUUGCGCCAGGACGAGAAUGGCUGGAUAACUCUGGAGGGCCUCCAGCGUGCAGGCGUUGCCCACUCCCUGCCGCUGGACAAACUCAAACAGGCUCUCGGUGAGCAAUACAUACGCAGGACAGAAGGAAGAAGGCGAAUCCACCCAUCCAUCCGCCCUUUGGUCGUUGCUGCCCACACAGGUCUGCCCCCCUGGUCCGUCAACUCCAUGGCACAGGUGAGCCGACGCCGACACACACAGGGAAGACGGAAGGACCGUCACGCAUCUCUGUUGACGGAUGGAUGGAUAUGGAUGCAGUGAUGGUCACGAUGUAUCUCUUUUUCAGGCGGGUGCGGUUCAUCUGCCGUCGCCCCGCGAGCGCCCCCCUUCGUCCCCCGACAGCUCCAACUCACCCCCUACCGCACGCACCACACUCAGAGCCGUAUCGUCACCCUCACGCAGAUCGCCACCUCGCAGGGGCACACCCAAUCGAGGACUCACCACUGGUAUGUAUGUCUGGUACAACAGCACAUGCGCACCGACAGGCAUGGCAUGUGAUGUUGUCAUGCUCCCGCUUCUGGAUGGCCAUUGUUAAUUGUCAGAUUUCGAUGAUUUGGUUCGAGCGUUGAGCAGUGCGGCAGCGGCGCCUGCAGUUGUCGUGCCGUUUGGUGGUGCCCGUACCAGUGGUGGUGACGGUGGAGCAUACGAGUCGGACGGCGUGCUGGGUGUGUCAACUUCGUCUCGCGAGUCGAUGGGAAUCGCAGAGGGGGACAGCAGCAGCGGUAGCGACCUCACACACACGAGUGCCAGCGCCAAUGCAGCAGAAUAUGGUCGGUACCACAGUCGCCCGCCUGUUGGUGUGGGUGGAUAUGCUGUCACCUCACUGCAGCACGGUACUGUGCGUUGUGUUGUCUGUCUGUAGCAGGUAUGGUGGCAUCGAGUUCCGCGGAGACCAACCUGCAGAUCAUGUUGGAGCAUCUCGACACAAUAUGCCAACGGGAGGAGAACCGCGCCGUCAACUUCGGCAAGCAGCACGAUAGAUACAAUGGACGAAAAGCCCCGCAUGGCAUGGAUCCUCUCUCUGUGUAUCUUGGUGUGCAGUGCAAACGGCGAUUGGCGAGGUGCAGGACUACGUUUACAAGGGGGAUGGUGAGCCGAUGGUGCCCAACCGGGCCGGGCACGAGAUCGAAGGUGGGUGGGCACGUGCUGACAUACAACGGAUGGAUGACAUGGGUGUGUGUGCAUAUAUGUGACGUUGAAGGGAUGGUGCGUUGCAUGGUGUCGUCGAUCAAGUCCGCCUGCAGUGUCAUCCGGAACAAGGUCACCAUGCAGCAACGCCUCCACGUAGGCGACGACAGCAGCCUCUCCACAAACACGCUCCGCCUCCCACCCAACGUCCCUAUGUGUCUUGUGUGUUCAGGAUGAGUUGGCUGCCAUGCGCCGUCGGGAAGAGACGAAAGACCGGGAAAUCGCCUCACUCAAGGACGUAAGGCGACCGCAAUCCCAUCGCACCCGCGCCCGCACCCAUGUACAUAUAUUUGUGUGUGGGGGGUCCAGCGUGUGUCUCGGACGUCCAGAGAGUUGGAGGAUUUGUAUUCGGAGGAGUUCACAGGUCGCGAGGCGUGUGAGCGGCAGGCGGCCAGAAUCAAGCAUUCUGAACAGGAAAUCGCACAUGUAAUUGCGUACCACAUCUUUGCGAAUGUUGUUCGCUUCGCAUCUAUUCGUGUGUGUUGAUGUCUGUGUGCAGUUGAAGGGGGAGGUGCAGCGCAGUCUCGAGGCCGCCGCGGAGAGCGAUGAGGCCAUUGCACAGCUCCGACGGUCAGCAAACACACCCAGCCCGCCCAACACGCAGUCGCCUUUCUCAUGAUGUGGUACAUGUGCCUUUGUGUGUCUGUGUCAGGACUCUGCGUGAGAAGGAUGAGUCGAUCGUGCAGCUCAAGGCGCAGCUACGUGUGUGCCAGCGGUCUCAAGACGACAAUUGCAACGACUCCCAGCAUGUAUGCCCGUCCGCCCCACUCAGCGCCCGCAUCCACCCACUUGGCCAUGCGUCAUCCCGUCCUCAUCCCACCGUCCCGCCCCUUGCACUGCCCGUCACACCUGAUCCAGCAGCCAACGACAGAGAGAUCAGGGCCCCAUCGUCCCCCUCCCCGCCCAGCAGCACCAACUCCAUCCCGUGGCAUGUGGGGGUGAGACCGUUGGCCGAGUUCAUCCGCAAGAUGAGACAGGUCCUCAUGCAUGAGGCAUUCUACAUCGUACUCACUUACACGCUGGCCACCCGCACCACCCGCACCACCACCACCACCACCAGUCAGCAGCAACUGCAGCAGCCGGCCCAUCGCAGCGUCACGCGGCGGCCUUCGGUUGGCCGUCCGCCACUGCCGCCCAGCCACAGGAAUGGGGGGAUCAAACAGGGUGGUGGCGGGGAGGGGCGUGUGCAGGGACAUGGAGAGGGUCAGGCGGCGCUGCUGGCGGCCUGGCUGGACUUCACCCUCCUGCAGAUGAGGGGCAUGGUGAAUGAGAGACAGGCGGAGUGGGAGAGGACAGAGAGGGAGAGGGCGGAGAGGGAGAGACACCUGCAACAGCAACAGCAGCAGCAACAGCAGCAGCAGCAGCAGCCCGUGAGCAUCAGGAUGGCGCCAAUGGUCACUGCCGAGCAGCAGCCUGACGCCGACGAGACACCAAACUGCUCCUCUGAGACAUUUAAACGCACACGUGAGUGGGCCAGUGAGCACAAGUGACUGACCGGUUUGUGUGCGUCGGUGGGUAUGACUUGUGUGUGUGUGCAGGGGGCAUUUUGCUGACCAUCAUCCAGUGGCUGCUGGCGGCAGUGAUAUUGUCUGCCGUCGCUGCGCUGGUGCUGUGAGCCACCCGACGACCCGCAUUCCUUCAGACAACAGACAGACAGACAGACAGACGUGUGUUUGUGUGUGUGUGUGUGCGCGCGAAUGACUGAGCGGACGCCAUGAUGGACCGACCGACUGCUUUCAACCGCCUCACAUAAUUCGUGUGUAUGGCGGUGAAAAUGGAUUUCAG